UCGGGGGCAAGUGGGGGUGGCUGAGGUGGAAGACCCCCGCCCCCCCACCUGACAGAUAAAAUCAAAUCCACACUUGGUUAAGGAGACUUUGUUCUUGCUAAAAAACAAAAUUCAGCUGAGUAAUUGGCUUUAUUCAAUGAUUCAUGAAUCGGGCAGCAUGCCAUCUCGCGGAUACAAGGGAGCUCGGAGGAGCUGCACAAAAUGAAAGGCUCACAGGCAGGAGGAGUGGGGACAGGAAGUUCUAUUAGACAAAAAGUGGACGGAUGGUGGGAGGUCACCUUUCCUUCCGGGAGGGCAGGGGUCUAGCAGCCCGGCGACCUCACUAGUGCUGACCAGGUCGUUCCUGAUUGACUGGUUUAAGAUUCCAUUUCUGGGAGAGGCCGAAACUGCAGUUAAGUUAACUCUUGGUCUGGUGACAAGGAGCUUAGUAUGAGGGACUCCAUUUUGGCUCUGUUGUCUUGUUUUUAACAUUCCGAAGACCGCUGCAGAGGACACUGGGUUCGGAGACUCCCCCCACCCCCCACCCCCAGCACCUCCAAUACUCAGAAACGGGCUUUCUGUAUGAUGAGCAGUGACCGAAAGGUGUCUGGACAGGAACGGGCUCCCUGUGCUCGGAGGUUUCUUUGCUCAGGCCUCUGUGGUCUUUGAGGAUGUGGCUGUGUACUUCACCCCGGAAGAGUGGGCUUUGUUGGAUCGAGGUCAGAGGAAGCUCUACAGAGAUGUGAUGCUGGAGACCUGCAGGAACCUGGCCGCAGUGGAUUGUUGCACUCAAGUUAAAACUUGUGGAUCAAGGACUCAGCUGACUAUUUUGGAGAAUGAACUAUCCAGUGAAGAGAAAAUAGUAAGAUUUACAAGAAAUGAUCCCUGGGCUCUUUUUCGAGAAAACCCGGUGUUUCAUAACAUUGGUGAUCAGUCCCAAUCCCAGGAGAGGCGUUUGAGAAGUCCUUUGGUGGAGAGUGUCUGUGAACGUAUUGAAGGAGAUCAAUGUGGAGAAACCCUGAACCCGAUUACAAGUCUUACUGUGCAUGAGGGGUGUCCCACUGGAGGCAAAUCCUGUGAAUGUGCUAAGUGUAGAGAAGCCUUCGCAGAUGGUUCCUUCCUUGAGAAACUGCGAAGAUCUCACCCAGGACUCAAACCUAGUCCUGGUGAGGAGUGUGGCCCAGCCUGCAGCUCUGUCUCGAGCCUCAGCACUCACGUGGACGCAGACCUUGUAGAGAAACCCUAUGAAGGUCAGGACGCCGGGAGAGCAUCGGAGACGUACGCGAAGAGUCUCAGUAGUAAAAUAUCUCUAGAGUGCAAGAAAUGUGGAAAAGCUUUCACUUGCACGUCUUCCUUUCAGGGUCAUGUGCGAGGUCCCUGUGGACAGAGGGUCCAUGCGUGUGACGUGUGUGGGAAAACCUUCGUGUAUCACUCCUACCUUACACGUCAUGUGAGAACUCACACGGGGGAGAGACCCUAUGAAUGUAUGGAGUGUGGGAAAACCUACAGUUGCCUCUCAUAUUUUCGAGAACACAUGAGAUCACACACUGGAGAGAAACGCUAUGGAUGUAAGGAGUGUGGCAAGACAUUCAAGUGCCCUGCAUCCCUGCAGGGACACCUGAUGACGCACACUGGAGAGAGACCUUAUCUGUGUCAGCAGUGUGGGAAAGCCUUCAGUUGUCCCAAAUACUUUCGAAGACACGUGAGAACGCACAGUGGGGCGAAGCCCUAUGAAUGUACGUUAUGCGAGAAAGCCUAUAGUUGUUCCUUAUCCCUCCGGGAGCACGUGAGGACGCACAGCGAAGAGAGGCCCUAUGAGUGUAAGGAGUGUGGGAAGGCUUUCAGACACCCCCGAUACUUCCAGAGGCACGUGAGGAUGCACAGCGGGGUGAAACCCUAUGUGUGUAAGGAGUGUGGGAAAGCGUACAGUAGUUCCACGUCGCUUCAGGAACACGUGAGGUCGCACACGGGGGAGAGACCCUUUGAAUGCCAGCAGUGUGGGAAAGCCUUCACGCGUCACUCCUCCCUCCAAGGUCACGUGAGAGCACACAGCUUGGAGAAACGUUACGAGUGUACGCAGUGCGGGAAGGCCUUCCGUUGGUCCUCGUCCUUGCAGAAGCACGUGAGAACGCACCGUGAAGAGAAGCCCUACGAGUGCCAGCAGUGCGGCAAAGCCUUCUGGUAUCCCGCGAACCUGCGGGCGCACGUCAAGACCCACACGGAGGAGAGGCCUUACGAGUGUCCGCACUGUGGGAAAGCCUUCAGUUGUCACUCCUCCCUGCAAGUACACGCGAGAAAGCACAACGGAGUGAAACCCUACGAGUGUAAGGAGUGUGGGAAGGCCUUCUGGUAUCCCGUGAACCUGCGCGCUCACGUGAGGACGCACACGGGAGAGAGACCUUACGAGUGCCAGCAGUGUGGCAAGGCCUACAGGUGUCCCGCAAACCUGCGGGUCCACGUGAGGACGCACACGGGGGAGAGACCCUACGAAUGCCAGCAGUGCGGGAAGGCCUUCAGGUAUCCCGCAAACCUGCGGGCGCACGUGAGGACACACACCGGGGAGAGACCCUACGAAUGUCCGCACUGCGGGAAGGCCUUCAGGUACCCCACAAACCUGCGGGCGCACGUGAAGAUGCACACCGGGGAGAAACCCUGAAUACACAAUCACGCUGUUUUCCCUCAUAUCUUAUUGUAAGUCCAGUCAGACACACGGGCAAGAAACGUGAUGUACGAGUGUAAAGAAUGUUGGAGAACCUUCAGGCAUAGCACCUCAUUUAUUUUGUACAUAAAGCGUCAGGGCUGGACGGCAGUUUUUGUUAUAAAUUUUCUCGUGCCUCAGAAGUGCCUCGUCUGUAAUAGGGAUCUCUGUUGUAUUUAUUUCCACUGCAUGCUGCUGAUAUGAACACCCAAGAUAAAACAUUCCUGAACAUCCCCAGUUUCUGUAUGAAAUAUAUUUUGCUAUCUCAGACAUAAAAAGACUGUACAGUUCUAUAAAAUGUGUCUCAUUUCCACGACGAUGUCUUCUGGACCCAGGGCUGAUCAGUGGUCUGUACUUAUAUCUCGUCCUCUGGUGCAGAGACUAGAAUUCCCCGACUCCGCCCUGCCCCUCCUCGCGGUCUUUAUUAUUGAAAGUUGUGUCUCCACGUGUGCUGUUGCUGCCGUGUGCCCACCUGUGUUCUCCAUGACGUUAGUAAACGUGCAAGGAUACUGGAGGAGGACAGUCUCCUCUGAUUGUGUUUGUAGUUUGACCUUCGCUCAUCGCCUUUGGUCUCGGUUGUUCAUCAGUCAUGACCUGUUGAGUUAUGAAGAGUAACUGUUGGGGGUGCCCGGGUGGCUCAGUGGGUUAAGCGCCCCACUCUUGAUUUCAACUCAGGUUAUGAGCUUGCGGUUCGUGGGAUUGAGCCCCGUGUCAGGCUCUGCGCUGAUAGCGCGCUCUCUCUCUUUCUCUCUCUCUCUCUCAAAAUAAAUACAUAAACUUAAAAAAGAAGAGAAACCUUGUGGCUUGAAGUGGAAAGCUAGUGUCCGGCUGGUUCUGCUGAGUUUCGUCGUGAGCCUUGUGAGGCGGGAGGCCGUCUGUCCCAGAGUCCUCCUCUGUGUGGCUCUGAGAGGAAGGCCCUGAGAAGAGAAGCUGUGUGGGGCUUGGAGAGCAGCAGUGAGGAACCGUGAUUCUCCAUCCUUCCGUGCCGCCAGGGGACAGACGCGUGGGGACCCAGGUGGGCCCGAGUCACGGCGUGUCGUCCUGGCUUCUGGUCUGCCGUCUGGAACAGCCCCCAUGUAAGAAAAGUUUGACAUUAGUUCUUGUUAGCAUGUUCCAGAGACUUCCACGAGCUGUCCCGUGGCAGACCCUCUUGGCUUCCCGGUCCCCACGGAUCCUUACGUUGCCCUGUGACUCUUUGUGUCCAUGAGGCUGUCUCUUCAGGCUGUCGUGCUUAGCGAGCUCUCUUAUCCUGUGAUCCCUUCAUCUCCAUGCUUUUUCUUUACAUGAUUUCUGUGGUAAGCAUCUUGUCCCUCUCAGGGUAGGUCUGUGUCCUGCCUCCCUACCCCCUGACAGAUCGAAUGCUGUAGCCACGGAUGCAGGAAACCUCUGUCCCUGGUUGCAUUGUGGAGAGGCUGUGCUGACCCUGCCUUUCUUCUUUCUGGAUGUUUCCAUGAUUGGAAUUAGCACCUGUGAGUGUAUUUGGCAGUUUGUGGGAGUUUUGCCCUAUAGCUAGCUGACUGCUAAGAGAGAAACCCAGUAUGUUUAAUGACUGUCUGUUGUUAUGUGUGAUUUCCCGCUGUUUAAUUCUGUCAUUUUUAAUAUGUGAUUCAAAACAAUGUGCGUUUUUUUGUUUUUUGGUUUUUUUUUGGUCAAACAUGGUUUUCUACAUUGCUUCAUAGAAGUCUCAUUACCAAGGUUUUCAAAUCUAUUGCAUAAUUUUUUUUAACGUUUAUUCAUUUUUGAGAGAGAAAGAGAGUGAGUGGAGAA